UGCCGAACCGCGACGUCCGAACCGUGACGGUACGGGACGAAUACGGAUACCGUUACACCCCUACCGGAUUGUGAUGAUUGGAAAAACUGGAGCUGGGAAGAGCGCCACAGGAAACACCAUUUUGGGAAAAGAGUACUUUAAAUCAGAGUUUUCUUUUGAAUCUCUGACUAAAGACUGUGCUAAGGCCUUUGGUGUAGUGGAGGGACAAAAGGUUGCUGUCAUUGGCCUUCCAGGUCUGUUUGACACCAGAACUGAUGAAAAAAAGACCAGAAACGAUGUUGGCCAGAGCAUUUCUUAUGCUUCACAUGGACCUCAUGUCUUCCUGGUCGUCAUCAGACUGGGCAGAUUCACAGAUGAAGAAAACCAGACAGUGAAGAAGAUUCAGGAAAUCUUUGGAAAAGAUGCAGACAGAUACAGCAUGGUUCUCUUUACCCACGGUAAUCUGCUCAAAGGAACACCUAUCGAAGAGUUCCUGAAACACAGCAAAGUGCUGCAGGAACUUGUGGCCAGAUGUAACGGGCAGUACCACGUCUUCAAUAAUGAGAUGGAGGAUCGUUCUCAGGUCAGAGAGCUGCUCGACAAGAUCAGAAACAUAGCAGAGAAGAACGGAGGAAGUUAUUACACCAAUGAAAUGUUCCAGAAGGUAGAGAGGGCCAUAGAAGAGGAAACACAGAGAAUCCUUAAAGAGAGAGAAGAGGAAAUGUGA